CAUCCAUUCAGAGCUGAAGUUAAGAUAAAGGCGGAAGGCCGGGAGCUGAUCUUGGAAUUGGAGAAAAAUGGAAAACUCUUUGCACCAAGCUACACUGAGACUCAUUACAACCAGACUGGACAGCCCCAGACCACCUCUCUGAGCCCCAUGGACCACUGCUUUUACCACGGGGUCGUGCGGGGCUGGGAGCACUCCAGCGUCACGCUCAGCACGUGCCGAGGGCUGCGAGGACUUAUCGUACUGAGCAGCAAUUCCAGCUAUAUCUUAGAGCCGGUUCCCGACAGCCCAAACCAGCACUUGAUCUACAGGUUGGACAACCUGAGGUUGCAGAAAGGAGCCUGUGGCUACCAGGGCACCAGGGAUGCUGCCGAAGACUGGCUCAGGGACUUCACAGCUGGGAUGAAACCACCUCGCCAGAGGGUGAAACGCGAGACUCUGCAGGCUACAAAGUACGUGGAGCUUCUGCUCGUGGCUGAUUAUGCAGAGUUUCAGAAGCAUCACUUCAGCAUUGAAGCAACAAGGCUUAAAUUAGUGGAGGCUGCUAAUUACGUAGAUAAGUUUUACAGAUCCCUGAAUAUCCGGAUUGCCUUGGUGGGACUGGAGAUCUGGAGUAAUUGGAAUAAAUGCGAUGUAACCGAGAACCCCUACUCCACCCUGAAGUCCUUUCUGGCCUGGAGUAGCAAGGAGCGGGCACACAGAAAACAUGAUAACGCCCAACUAAUCACGGGUGUGCCCUUCCAAGGUACCACAGUAGGCUUGGCUCCUGUGAUGGCCAUGUGUUCUGAGUUCCAGUCAGGAGGAGUAAACAUGGAUCACUCUGAUAAUGCCAUUGGUGUUGCUGCUACCAUUGCCCAUGAGAUGGGACACAAUUUUGGCAUGAAUCACGAUUCGGCUGGCUGCUGUACUACCCCUGCAGAAGACGGAGGCUGCAUCAUGGCUUCUGCAACCGGGCACCCAUUCCCCAAGGUGUUCAACCAGUGCAAUAGAAAAGAGCUGGAGAAGUAUCUGCAGUCUGGUGGAGGGAUGUGUCUCUCCAAUAUGCCGGAUACCAAAAAAAUGUAUGGUGGGAAGAAAUGUGGAAAUGGCUACUUGGAAGAGGGGGAGGAGUGUGACUGUGGAGAGGUGGAGGAAUGCAACAACCCCUGCUGCGACGCCAGCACCUGCUCCCUGAAGCUGGGUGCUGAAUGUGCCCAUGGCAGCUGCUGUCAUCAGUGCAAGCUGAUGUCUCCGGGAACUCUCUGCAGGGAAGGAUCAGGACUCUGUGACCUCCCAGAAUACUGCACUGGCGAGUCACCGUUUUGCCCCCCCAACUCUUACCAAAUCGAUGGGGCAUCCUGCGACGGAGGAAAGGCCUAUUGCUACAGUGGCAUGUGUCUCACGUAUAAAGACCAAUGCGUGCAGCUGUGGGGGCCUGGAGCAAGGCCAGCACCAGACGCCUGCUUUGAGAAGGUUAAUGCCGCUGGAGACAUCUACGGGAACUGCGGGAAGGAUAUGUACGGCAACUACAGGAAGUGUGAGAUGAGGGAUGCUAAAUGUGGGAAGAUCCAGUGCCAGAGCUCUGCUUCCAAACCCCUGCAGUCCAAUGCAGUGGCCAUAGACACAACCAUACGCACGCAGAGGACGGAGCUGAGGUGCCGAGGGACCCAUGUGUACAGAUCUGAUAGUGAAGAAAAGGAGAUGCUGGAUCCUGGCUUGGUGCUGACGGGAACGAAGUGUGGGAGCCAUCAUGUUUGCUUUGAGGGACGCUGCCAGAACACAUCCAUCAUCUUUGAUUCUGAAAGCUGUAGCAAGAAGUGCCACGGGCAUGGAGUCUGCAAUAACAACAAGAACUGCCACUGCAACCAGGGGUGGGCCCCUCCGUUUUGCAGCAAGCAGGGGAGGGGAGGAAGCUUGGACAGUGGUCCCCCCAUGCCCGAAGGCCCUUCAGCGGUCGUGAUAACUCUCGCCAUCCUGGCUCCUAUUCUGCUUCUCAUUGGAAUCAUGUUUUUAGUCUAUUAUCUGAAAUGCUGGAAUAAAUUUGUCAUCUGUUCCCUAAAGAAGACCCCGCAGUUCAGUGACACCGCUGGAAAUGGGCAUGCAAACCCUGCCUUCAAGUUGAAAACCCCCCAGGAGCAGAGGAAGGUGAUUGGCGUCCCUGAAAUCCCUUCGAAACCACCUCCCCAGCAAGUUCCGGGGCUCCGAAUAAACACGCAGCAGCCCUCUGCCUUCUCCACCAGCUACAGCGGUGUGGGGCGUCCCGCCAGCCCAGCGCAGCUGGCACCCACGAAGGACGUUGCCCGGCGGAUACCCCCGAGCAGGCCUGCACCUCCUGCUCCCAAACCCCCCACCACUCAGGAUAUUUCCAGGCCCCGGCCACCCCAAAGAGCUCUGCCAGCUAAUCCCGUCCCAGCCAGACCCAGAGCCUGGCCGGGGAGCAGCCCUGCCAUCUCACUGCCUCCUGCACACCCCAGAACCCCAGGACAACUCCAGCCUGCGGCAGAGAAUACUGGCAUCAGGACAGCUGGAGCAGCCAACGCCUUGAAAGCGGGACAGGCGGGCUCCCGUGGACACUCAUGA